AUGUACUGUGGCUACCAGUAUUAUGAGCAGCUGGAGGAUGACCUCUACAGGGAGGAAGAUGACGACUCUAAGAGCUCAGAUGCUGACAGUGAACUUGAAUUUCACUUGUAUAGCCAACUUCACUAUUCCUCUAAUGCUGGAGACGUCAGUGAACUGGAAGAUGAAAGGAAAGACAUUGAAGAGGUCAGCAUCCAAGAUGAUCAUAACAUAACGACAGAUGCUGAUAAUCUGGGACAUCAGACUGAAAACAACCUUACAUCAGAGAAUCAAGCAGUCCAUGGGGAAAAAGAGAAAACAUCCAAAAAUAAGAAAAAAAGGGAUACACUCAAAAGUCAGAGGGCAUCUGCUGUGUUUGAGGAGGUGAUCGUCAUUGACUCCGGCUCGGAUGCCAUCAUACUGUCUGAGGAUGACAGUAGUGAUAGUAGUGAUAACACUGAAGGAGUUUGUGCGUUGAAGGGUCGAAGGUUAUCAAAGCUUUGUACCUCCACACCUGCACAUGAGGUAAAAAGAGUAAUUGAUGCAACCGGCACUGUAACUUUAAGCAGCUCUGAGUCUGACUCUGAGCCGGAGUUCCAGUGUGUGUCAGACUCAAGCAGCUUGUCAGACUCCGACGAUAUGGAGAACUGGAUGAUUCUGGGCCCUGGUGAUCAGGAGGGAGACCAGUCCAUCUCACUCAACCUGGAUGGAGUCGCUGAAGGCGAGCCAGGUAAUGAAGAACUGGGUGGCAGUUGGAGGAUAUCCGAUAAAGAUAUACAGGCCCAGAUUUUCAAUAAAAAUAAAGGAGUCAGGCCUUUUGUGCAGAGAGUGACUAGUCGAUAUUAUACAGACAAAAACGUCCACUGUAAAAACUGCACAAAAACUGGUCAUUUGUCUAAGAACUGCCCUGAACCACAAAAGAUCCCGCCAUGCUUCUUAUGUGGAACUGUGGGCCACAUUGUGAGCUCAUGUCCCCACAAGCACUGCAACAACUGUGGACUUCCUGGGCAUCUGUUCAACGGCUGCAGCGAGAGGCCUUACUGGCACAAGCGGUGCAAUCGCUGCGCCAUGACUGGACACUUCUUUGAUGACUGCCCAGAAGUCUGGAGGCAAUACCAUUUAACAAUUAAGGCGGGGCCUCCUGUAAAACACCAAAGAAAUGGACAGGGUCAGACGCCUUACUGCUACAACUGUGCCAAGAAGGGACAUUAUGGACAUGAGUGUUCCAGGCAGAGAAUGUACAAUGGAACAUAUCCCAGCACGCCUUUAAUAAAUCACUACGACACCAUAUAUGACAUAAAGUGCAGACAACGGCGGAUAGAUCAGAAGACUCGAGAGCUGAAGAAGUUUACUCCUCAUUUGCCUCAAUCCACCUCAAGCCCAGGACCUCCAAGGAAGAAGCAAAGGACCAACCUUGAUUAUAGAAACCACAGAUUUCACUCGAGCCCAAGCUUCAAAACUCAACUAGCCGCCUCAAGCCACAUUUUUUUCAGUGACACUACAGAUUCUAAAAAACACAAGCGGCAAAAGCACAAAGCGGUCUCUUUGGAAAAGCCGUGGAAACCCAAGCGUCCAGUCCCUAAGUCUAAAGAGACUGCAAUAGUUUUAGAUGAAGCGGAUGACUUCCCAAGAGGUGGAGGUCAAGCGCUGGAACCGUCGCCCGGUAGUAACGUUAGCAUUAGCGCCACUGUUAGCUUAGAGCACCGCAGCUGGCUCAGUGAGCUGGAGUCUGGACACUGGACACUGGAGCGUGUCUUCACAUCUACAUUUACUCCUUUGAACGAGACCCGUCUUUAG